CUGAUUUUUGAAAAUUAGGAUUAUAUACCAGUGCAGCCCUGUCUAUUAUAAUGGAUUUCAAUGAGUCAUAGGUCAACCAGAACUAAGAGUGAGAUAUGACCAAACUUGUACUCAGCAUAUGUUCAUCAAAGAAAGAUUAAUUUGGCAUCUGUUCUCCAAAAAAUGCUGUUCACUUCUCCAUUGACCAUGGUCCAUUGUAUUUUUAUUUUUUACUGUUAUGGCAUUCUUGUUUUGCAUGCAUCUAGCCCUUCCCCUGGUCAUUACUUUUCUUUAGGACAUUGCAAGCUGAAAAAUGGGAGAAUAUGGACCCUCAAAACCCUGUCCAUGGCAUUGGAUAAAUAAACCUCACCAACUUCUCACCAGAAAAAAAUCUUUGAGAUUAGCAACACUUAGCUAAGUCUGCCAUGUAGUAGUUUGGAAACACCUUUGGAGGGAGAUAUGAGCAAUAUGACUAGUUGCACUCUGCUUGAAUAAAAAAAUAACUAAAAAUAGUGAUUAAAGAAGGCAACUAAAUAAAGAUUAAUUAAUAUUUCUAUCUCAUAUUUCCAAUGAAUCCUACUAGGCUAACUAGGCUAGCCCUUCCCCUAUUAUCAAAGAAAAAGAAAAUGUCACUUUGGACUUUGGAGUGUGAUCUUGGUUAAUAGAUAGUCUCUCAGAGUCAGACUAAACUCAUGAUGAUGAUUACUUUUGUUUUCUUCUAUCCAAUCCAAUAUUAUUAUAAUGUUCCAACCCUUUUCAUUACAAGUUAAAACGCAAAGAUUGUCCAUUAGAGCAAUACAUAUUUACGUGUAUAAUGUUAAAUUAUGUGACUUUUUGUACACAUUGACAAGGUACCCUCAAAACAUCUAUGGCACUGGAUUUGAUUUGAUCUCUCCAACUUCUCAUUUCUCAUACCCUUUGGUUAUUCUGUAGUGACAUGUUUUGUCCCUUUAUUGAGUUUGAGUAGUUGGAGAGUUCAUUCAAUUGUUUUUUUUUUAUCUCAUUUGCUAAUUUGUUGUCUUGGUUACCAGUUAAUCGGUGGUAUUCAGGUAAGCCUUGGUGAUAUCUAGUGUGGAAUUGCAGUUUUCCCCAGUGAGGUUCUAGUUUUGCCUCUAAUGGAAGUACUAGAUGGGGAUGCAAUUAAGGACUACUUACCUUCAUUCUUCCAAAUUCAAAUGAACCAGGAAGAUCAUUUCUCGCCUACACUCUUUGUAGGUCAUUGUAAAUGGCGAUGUGGGAAGCAAUGUGGAUGAUUACUUAUUGGUCUAUGUGGUUGCUGACGAGUGGACGGAAUCCCGAUAUGCGAAAUUCAGUUUGUCUGUGGUUGGUGAAGCCAAUAACACAUUCAAGAAAGAUACGGAAGAGGAAAAUGAUUGGGGUUUUGAUGAGUUUAUAAGGUUCAAUGAACUUACGGAUCCUAGCAAUGGGUACAUUGUUAAUGAUGCUUGCUCUAUUGAAGUAGAAUUGUGUUCGUUUUCGAAACAAGAUUCCAAAGAGGAGUUGGUGCCCGUGGAGCUCAUAGAAAUAGAAUCCGACCAUUCUGGUAUGGAGUUUCCACAUGAGAAAACCAAGAAGAGAAAGGAGCUAGAGGAGGACGAUACUUCAUCUGUUCAACUCAAAGAAAGCGGCCUGCAGUUGAUAGAGCUAAGCCGAAAGAAGAAGAAGAAAAAGCUAUAGAAAGUGGCGAGGAAGCUAUCCAAGAUGAAGAACAGGUUAUAGAGAGUGGCGAGGAAGCUAUCCAAGAUGAAGAACAUGUUAUAGAAAGUGGCGAGGAAGCUACCGAAGAUGCAGAACAAGUUAUAGACAGUGGCGAGGAAGCUAUCCAAGAUGGAGAACAAGUUAUAGACAGUGGCGAGGAAGCAGUCAAACAUGGAGUUACAGAGAAGUGGCCGGGAGAAGGCCGAAGGUUUAGUAGAAGGUUAAGGGGGAAGAAGAAAAAGCUGCAGGAAGUGGUGGAAUCCUAAAUGGAAAAGAAGUUGCAGAAAUUGGUAAGGAGAAUAAAAGGAUCAUAGAAGAGAGCAUGUCAUCAGAAAAUAGUGAAUCCGAGAAGCAACCUGCAAAAAGUGCCAAAAAGACUACAAAGUAAAAAGUUUCUAAAGUUAUAAAAAGUGGCAAGGAAGCUACCCAAGAUGGAGAACAAGUUAUAAAGUGUGGCGAAGAAACAAUCAAACAUGGAAAACAAGUUACAGGAAAGUGGCCGGGAGAAGGCCGAAGGUUUAGUAGAAGGAUUGCGGGGAAAGAAGAAAAAGCUGCAGGAAGUGGUGAAAUCCUUAAUGGAAAAGAAGCUGCUGAAAAUGGUAAAUUGACCACAUUGUUUUGUGUUUUCAGAUCUUAUUCGCGGAGCAUAUAAAGAGCGGGGUUCAGAAAACCCCGAUUGCUGAGGGACUUCCUAGACUUGCUAGGUGGAACCUCAAGGAUAUUUCCAAUGCUAUACAAACAGAUUUCGAGAGUCUUGAUAGUUACAAUUGUAGCACUGGAUCAUUUAGGGUACGUUGCAAUUGCACUUACACAACUAUGCCUACAUUCAUUGAACCAUUCUCCGAAGCAGAAAAACAAAUAUUGAAUGGCAUGAGAAUGCAGCAACCACAACAAGAUGAACUACUGCCUUGUGAAGUUGUUAUGCGAUCAACGGUGCAAGAUGAAGGAGAUGGAAAUGUUGAUGAACCACUGGUUUGUGAAGCAGAACAAGGUCAGCCUCAACAAAAUGAGGAGGAGGUACGAUCAUCAACAGUGCAAGGAGAUGAAGGAGUUGGAAAUGUUGAUCAAGAAGAGCUACUCAUACUGCAAAACAAUUAGGGAUGAUGAUCUUAGAAUGUCAAUAAAGAAUUUUUCAUUACAGCUCCUUCUGAAUAUGUUGCCUCCGGCUAAACUUAACCAGAACCGGUCUCAAUCAACACAACGGCGAGUCCUUCGGUACCCCGGCCAUCCGAUACGAUAAUUCACCAUUUCCUAUUCCCAUUCUUUUGGCGCCCAUCCGAUACGAUAAUUCACCAGUUCCCGCCAAAAAAAAAAAAUCCACUCCCUGUCCUGAAGGGUCAUAAAUGUUAAAAUCUUUUUGGGUCCUUGUCAGAAGGGCUUUGUCUGAGUAAAGCUAUCUUCUUUCAUCUCUCUCGCUCAUCGACUAUUUUACUGUUUAUCCAUCCUUCUUUCAGCAAUUUUGGCUCCCAUUUCUGACUGAUUAAUUUUCAAGUUGCAAUUCACUCUUCUCAAGUUGGAUUUCUUCAGGUAUAAAGUUGUCAAAGACUUAAUCUUGACCCCUUCUGAAAUUAAUUCUUCAUUUAUUUCUCUGGGGCAAAAAGCUUCAGUUUUGCCUCUAAUGGAAGUAGAAAAUCAGAAUCCAGUUAACGGCAACGACGGGGAUUCGACUUCCACAUUGAAAUGGAGGAUUGAGAAUGUGUCUAAACUGGAUGAGGAAAAUCAUUUCUCUCCGAUUUUCGUUAUAGGUCCUCAUAAAUGGUGUUUAGUGGCUUUUCGUAGAGGGUGCAAUGUCAACGGUUACUUAUCGGUCUAUGUGGUUGCUCUUGAGUGCAAGAAUUCGCGAUAUGCCAAAUUCAGUUUGGCUAUCAUAGAUCAAACUAAUAACGAGAACACAUUGAGAAAAGAUACAGAAGGCGAGAUGAUCCAGUUCACUGACGAUGAAAAUGAUUGGGGUUUUGAUGAAUUCAUACAAUUAAAGGAACUCGAAGAUCCAAGCAAUGGGUUUAUUGUGAAUGAUGUUUGUAUUGUUGAAGCUGAAUUACGUAUAACCUCAACACAAGAAUCUAAAGAGAAGCGGGGGACUGAUGAAAUCAUGGAAUCCGAUGAGGAGAAAGAUCCAGUUACCUUACUAGCUAGUACUUCAUGUCUGGAUAACGCCUCAGCAUUUAUCUGUGCAUUUUGUCAAACCUCUAAAGUAUCAGAGGAUUCUGGAUCAAUGUUGCGUUUUUCCAAUGGAAAAGAAGUUGAAGAGGAUAAGGUAUCUGGACCAAAUGUGAUACAUGUUCACCAAAUAUGCUUAAUGUGGGCUCCUCAAGUGUAUUACGUUGGUGAGACUCUUCAGAACUUGGAGCUGGAGGUGGUCAGGGGUUCUAAGCUCAAAUGCAGUUGUUGCGGGUUAAAGGGCGCAGCUCUUGGAUGCUUUGAACACUCCUGCAAGAAUACAUAUCAUUUCCCUUGUGCAUUUGGGACUUCUGAUUGCCGGUGGUAUAAUGAAGGUUAUCUAAUUUUAUGUCCCAGCCAUUCUGAUACGAAGUUUCCACAUGAGAAAACAAAAAAAAGAAAGAAGCUAGCAAUGGACAAUUCUUCAGCAGUUCACAGAAAGAGCUGGCAAGCAACGGCUGGUAGUAAACUGGUUCUCUGCGGGUCUUCCCUUUCAGCAGAAGAGAAGCAUCUGUUGGCCAACUUUGCUAAAAUAUCCUGUGUAACCAUUUCCGAAAACAUGAAACCAAAUGUGACCCAUUUGAUUGCAUCUACUGAUGAGAAGGGUGCUUGCCGCCGCACUUUUAGAUAUCUAAAGGCCAUCUUAGAUGGGAAAUGGGUUCUCAAAAUAGAUUGGAUUAAAGCAUGCACAGAAGCAAUGGAUCUUGUCGAUGAAGAGCCUUAUGAAGUUGAAGUUGAUAUUGAUGGAUGUCGAGAUGGGCCACGGAAUGGUAGACUUCGAGCCAGUAAAGGGGCGCCAAAACUGUUCAAUGGCCUACACUUCCAUUUCAGUGGCGAGUUUGUUCCUUUAUACAAAAAAUCCCUUGAAGAACUAGUCUUAUAUGCCGGAGCUAGAGUAUUAACAAAGAACACUUUACUCUCACAGAGUAGUGAUGAAGGAGAAUGCUCUUCAACGACUUUGGUUGUUUACGACUUCGACGAGGAAGUGUCAUUUACGGUUCUUCUGGAAAGGCGCAGAGAAGCAGAAGAUCUUGCUAAGCAAUCUAAAUCUGUUGUUAUUGGGCAUACAUGGAUACUAGAAUCACUAGCAGCUUUAAAAUUAGAACCACUUCCUCGACGACAUGACCUGUAAAUUGAUGAGUGAUGUUAGUGUAAGAAAGUUAACGGGAAAUUUUUUGGAACUUUUCUCAAUUUUCUUAUUGUAUGCAAUCGUAUAGUGGUAAUGUAUUUGCUUCUGGUUUAUGCGCAUUCUGCAGAAGUUUUGCCAA